AUGUUCUCAUUCCCAUACCGUUUCUUUGACAACUCAUAUAAAGGAUGUCAUUUUGGUAACUACACCAGCAGCAGAGGGUUCUACAGCAUUAGCAAAGUCCCCGGUCCUGGGGAAUACAACAUCACAUGUGCACCUUCAAAAAAGGCUGAGAACAUCAACACCAAGCAGACUGCCGUCGUCAGGUAUGAAGCUCAGAUCCCACGGUACCUGGAUGCCAUUGUGAAGAAGGAGACGAAACUGAGUACCCCAGGACCAGCUGAGUACAUCAUGAAAAGCCAGUUUGAUUCAGCCGUGAAACCGGAGACACCGUUUACAGAACAUCCACCAUUCUAUAGUCAAGCCAAGCGCUUCACUAAACACGUGAACACGAAUCCUGCUCCAGGACUUUACAACGAUCCCAGAUGUGCACUUGAAAGAAUCAAAAAGGCCUCUUGCAUGAAGAUGAGCCCCUUUGGUCAAACCUCUGUUCGGUUCCAGAAUGACAUAGAUGCUAAACUGCUCCCUGGUCCUGGUCAAUACAACAUAGACAGCUUUGGAUCAGAAAUUGUGAAAAAAGCCUAUUUGGAGAGUACAAGGCGUGGCAUAUUUGGUUCGUCAGCGCCACGGAACAUGACGGUCGUCAACAAAGACACGGAACAUAAUCCUGGGCCGUCACAUUACAAUGUGAAAGAGAAACCGUUUGAUGCUGCUAACGCAAAACCAUCCUCAUUCUUUGCCUCCACUACAAAACGUCAUGACAAGCCGACACCCAGUGGGGAUGUCCCGGGCCCUGAUUCCUAUGAUGUAUCCAAUGCAUUUGAAAAAUCUCAAAUUCACCCAGCGAGGGCAAAACCCAGAAGCUCACAGAGUGGGUUUCUCUCACGAUCGGCACGUUUUCGUAAUGGGCAAGAUUUUCAGUGUCAAGCAGAGAAGAAAAUGGUACCCGGCCCUGGAAGCUAUGACAUCAAGUCAAAUAUAACUCUAUCCCAGAAGCAAUCUUUGGGAAAAUCUGAACGUUUCCAGCCUGCAAUCUUUAAUGAUGUACCUGGCCCAGGUGCAUAUGAGCUGUCACCAAUGUUUGCUGACACCCUGGUCAAAGGGACGUUUAAUGUGAAUCUCGCACGUUCAUGCGAGAUAGAGUAGACGCAGAGCAUGACUGGUUUGAAGCAGAAGUGGAGCUGAAAGUCUUGUUGAAGAUGUCACAGAAGAAGAUUACUGAUCUACUUUACAUCUGUGUAUAGAGAUAUAUAUUUAAUAAGUUUGUUUGUGCACGUGUGUAUGUAUAUAUAUAAAUAUAUACACAUACACACAUGUAUGUUUGUGUGUAUAUAUAUAUAUAUGUGUUUCUCUGUGUGUGUGUGUGUUUAUAUAUAUGCAUUUAUGUGUGUAUAUAUAUAUACAUGUAUGUAUGUGUGGGUGUGUAUAUAUAUGUGUGUAUAUAUGUGUGUUUAUGUAUCAGUUCAUGCACUUCCCUAACAGUUCCUGAGUGACCCGGUGUGUAAUUGAAAACCCAUCAAAAUCUUUAAAUGCUCUUUACACAAGCUCCGUUAUCCAACUAUACCAGCAUCAACACCACAACACCUCAAAUUUAUUGCUAGUUUUGUCCUUGUAUUUUAUUUAUUUUAUUUUUUUUGUUUUUCAAUUUUAUAAUUGCAGGGAUGGAGAUGCUGUUGUUUUGUAUGAGUUUCUUAUUUUUCCUUUAUUCAGAAAUAAAAAUAUUGUUAUUA